AUGGAACUCAACCGAGAACAUUUUCGCGCUAUAAUUUAUUACAACUUUCAGAGACAAUUAUCGCAACAAGAAUGCCUUGCUGAGUUACUCUCUGUUUUCCGCAACGAAGCGCCACAUCAGUCGACAAUUUCCCGUUGGUAUGGAGAAUUCAGACGUGGACGGGUGAGUCUUAGCGACGAUCCCAGGGUGGGUGCACCAAAAACGGCAAUUGAGGCGUCCUUGAAGAUCUCAAAGACCUCAAUUCAAAAAAUUUUACAUGAAGAAUUAGGAGUAAGAAAAUUAGAGCAGAAAGCAGCCAGGGUUAAUUGGUGUCAAAAAAUGCUUGACUGUUUCAAUUCCGGAAACUCAAAAAAUGUGAACAGCAUUGUUAGUGGUGAUGAAUCGUGGAUUUACUGUGAAGAAAAGCCAACAAAAGUCAUCCGUUCUCGAAAGAUGGUCGCGACAUUUGUGUCAAAAGCGGGUCAUAUUGCAACAUUUCCUCUUAAUGAGCAAAGAACUGUUACUGCGGAUUGGUAUACCACCAUUUACGAUGCAAGCUCGCACACAGCCCAAAAAACAAGGCAGUAUUUAUCGGAAGAAAACGUGGAAUUAUUGGACCAUCCUCCAUAUAGUCCUGACCUAAGUCCUAACGAUUUCUUUACUUUCCCGAAAAUUAAAAACAGACUGCUCAGUCAAAGGUUCCAGUCACCAGAAGAAGCAUGGAAUAAGUGCUUCGAAAAUUGA